AUGGCUGGAGAAGUGCGCCAACCAAUCGAUAUCCCGUCUUUAGAGCGGUAUCUGAACCAGAAUGUUCCCGAAAUUAAGACCCCAUUAGAUGUGAAGCAGUUCAGCUUCGGCCAGUCGAACCCGACGUACCAAAUUACCGGCGCCGACAAGCAACGAUACGUCCUGCGGAAGAAGCCCCCAGGCAAGCUCCUCUCCAAGACAGCGCACAAGGUCGAGCGUGAAUACAAGAUCAUCCAUGCUUUGGGGCAGACAGAUGUGCCGGUGCCAAAGGCGUAUUGCCUAUGUGAGGAUGCGGAUGUCAUUGGGACACCGUUCUAUAUCAUGGAGUUUCUGGACGGGCGCAUGUUUACCGACCCUGCGAUGCCGGGGGUAGGUGCAGAGGAACGGAAUGCACUAUGGCAAGAUGCAGUCCGGACAUUGGCCAAAUUCCAUCGAGUCGAUCCCAAAUCGGUCGGGUUGGAACGAUUCGGAAAGCCAUCUGGGUUCUAUGACCGUCAGAUUGCUACCUUCUCCGCCGUUUCCCGCGCGCAAUCUCAAGCAGUGGAUGUGGACACUAAGGAGCCUGUUGGAGAGCUACCGCACUUCACAGACAUUGUGAGCUUCUUCUCCAACAAGUCCACUCAGCCGCGCGAUCGAGGAACCUUGGUCCACGGCGACUACAAAAUCGAUAACUUGAUCUUCCACAAGACUGAACCCAGAGUCAUUGGUAUCCUCGAUUGGGAAAUGGCGACAGUGGGACACCCCUUGUCAGACUUUUGCAACCUGACAAGCCCCUAUUAUAUGGAUGGCACGGAUCAUACGACUGAGACGUUCAAACCCGGGGUGAUCCCUGGUCUGCCCAUCCGCGAAGAGUGUGUGCGGUGGUAUAGCGAAUUGGCAGGCUGGGAUCCGACACAUGACAUUCUCUGGGGCGACUCCUUCUUUAACUGGAGAAGCUCCGUGAUCAUGCAGGGGAUCGCCGCGCGGUAUGCCUUGAGACAGGCCAGUAGCGCCCGGGCUCAAGAGUAUGCCAAAAAGACCAAGCCUUUUGCCCUGAAUGCGUGGGAGCGAGUGAAACGGGCGCAAGAAGAGUCGCAGCAGAAGGGGAAGCUGUAG